GCUCAAUACACUCCCCAUCAACAAUUCAUGACAAUACAUUCGCGACAAUAGCACCACAUUGUAUUCUAUUAUAUUUGCCGCCAUCGAAUCACUCAUCGCACACUUGUUCCGAUCGUAUUCCUACAGCCCGUCAACCACAAUUACCCUGACUUGCCUACCUUCUAGGCGCGACAACUUCAUUUCCAUCCAUCAUGGUUGACUACGCGAAAAAGACGGUUGCAGAGCUACAAGAGAUAUUGAAGUCUCGAAGCUUGCCUCACACUGGAAAGAAAGCAGAGCUCGUCGCAAGGCUGAACGAGGCCGAUCAAGCUGCAGCGGAAAAUGAAGCCGCGAAAGCUCCUCCGGCCGAAUCUACCACUGCGCCGCCUGCGCAAAUCCCAGAGCCUGCCGCACCAUCAACCUCAGAAGCACCUGCACCAGCCGAACCCGCACCGACAGCCGCAGCAGAGCCUGCGACGGUGGAGCCGACUGCCGCGAACGAUGAUGGCAGUGCCCAGCCUGCCGCGGCGUCUUUUGCCCUGAACCUCCCCUCGUCAGAAGUGGACGCCGAAAUGGCGAAGCGCAAAGCACGCGCCGAACGAUUCGGGACCGGAGCUGCCGUCGCAAACGGGGAGACGGGUGCAGCGGACACAGAAGGAGCAGACGCGGAAGCAUUGAGGGCCCUGGAGCGUGCUAAACGUUUCGGUACCGGACAGACCGCGAUGGGAAAGCUGGACGAGGCACUGCCAUCCGAGUUAAAGCGCGACUCAAGGAAACGGGUCCGGACGGAGGAGGAUAGCACGAUGGAUGACCCUGGCUUGCGGAGAAGCUUUGGCGGCCGUGGUAGAGUCGGUGGUGGACGAGGAGGCCGAUUCCGCGGAAGAGGGCGCGACAACUCACAAAGAAGACAUGGUGACAGACCCGGUGGUGUGAGCAAGCCGGGCGGCGUUUUCUCGACGGAGGCAGAUCGUUUGGCCGCCGAGGCCAGGAAGAAGAAGUUUGCGAGUGCGACGUGAUUUUUGUUUUCUACGGUUUCAUUGUUUCAGAAGGCAGGGCGGGAACUUUGGGAAGACUGAAUCGGUGUGUCGCAAAAACAUGGAUUGACGGGAAAUGGCCAUGGCGAUUGUGUAAACUUAAGGGGUGACUGGUACCAAAACCAUUGAGCAAUAUCAUUCUUCUUCUACAUGUUCGCUCCUUACCUACUCAAAGCCCCAGACUCUUGACCUCGUAGCCAAAGAUCAAACGGUGAGCCGUGGACAGGGGCGGGAUUUGGUAGUUCUGGAACGAUGAUUGGGAAGCCCGGAGACCAAGAGACCAGGUGAAGCACAGAGAAGAACGAAGGGGAACGAUGUGGAAGAAGAAUGCUUUGCGCAUUGCAACCAAACUACAGGGGCC